AUGGGGGAUUUUGCAGCCCCCGCUGCCGCCGCGAAUGGCAGCAGUAUUUGCAUCAACAAUAACCUGAACAGCGGCCUCAGCGGGGCUGGUGGUGCCGGUAUCGGGGUUAAUAACACUCCCCACGGUCCUCCUGCUGCUGCUCCCAGUAACAAUAAUACUAAUAGCGGCGGCAGCGGCAUUCCCAAGCACAGCACCGUGGUGGAGAGGCUAAGGCAGCGCAUCGAGGGCUGCAGGAGGCACCAUAUCAACUGCGAGAGCAGGUACCAGCAAGCCCAGGCGGAGCAGCUGGAGCUGGAACGCAGAGACACGGUGAGCCUCUACCAGAGGACCCUGGAGCAAAGGGCCAAGAAAUCGGGCACCGGCGGCGGGAGUAGCAAACAGCAGCAUCAGAGCAAACAGCAGCAAGAUGCCGAGUCUGCCACGGCCGAGCAGAGGAACCACACUCUGAUCAUGCUACAAGAGACAGUAAAGAGGAAACUGGAAGGAGCGCGUUCACCCCUCAAUGGAGAGCAGCAGAAUGGUGUCUGUGAUGGUAGUUUCUCUCCAACCAGCAAGCGGAUACGGAAGGAUGUACCAGGAAUCGAUACAAUCAGUAGCUUGCCCAAUAACUUGCCUUUGCCUUCUGUUUCUCCUCUUCACCAGCUUGACAUGAAGCCUUCCUUACCCCUGCAGAAGAGUGGAACUCAUGCUAGUGGGCUGGAAGACUUGGGUAAAAAUGGUGGACUUCCAGAGAUAAAGCUCCCAGUUAAUGGUUGCAAUGAGCUUGAGGACAGUUUUAACAUCCUGCAAAACAAGGAACUAAAACAAGAACCUUUGGAUGACCCCACCUGCAUAGACACUUCUGAAACAUCCCUUUCGAAUCAAAACAAACUAUUCUCAGACAUUAAUCUGAAUGAUCAAGAGUGGCAGGAGUUAAUAGAUGAGCUAGCCAACACUGUACCAGAAGAUGACAUACAAGAUUUGUUCAAUGAAGACUUUGAAGAGAAGAAGGAACCAGAAUUUCCCAGGCCUGCCGCUGAGACUCAAGAAAGUGCAAGCGUUAAGAGCGAUCCAUCUCAUUCUCCAUUUGCUCACAUACCAAUGGGGUCUCCCCAGGUAAGGCCUUCUUCUUCAGGCCCUCCAUUUUCAAAUGUCUCCACAGCUUCUAGCAUAACUUCUGUAUCCAGUGCUCCACCAGCUCCAAUCCCUGCCAGCUCACCAGCAAAUUGUGUUCAGUCACCUCAAACUCCCAAUCAAGCCCAUACUCCAGGUCAAACUCAGUCACGACCUGGAAAUGGUUAUCUUAUUAAUCCAGCAGCAGUGACUGUCGCAGGUUCAGGGCCUGGUCCUGUGGCUAUAUCCAGUGCUGACUUGUCUCCAGCUGAACAGCUCAAGCAAAUGGCAGCACAGCAACAACAAAGAGCUAAACUCAUGCAGCAAAAGCAGCAGCAGCAGCAGCAUCCAAAUCAAGCAUCAAGCUGGUCACCUGUGGGACCUCCAUCUAGUCCAUAUGGAGGACCCUUCAGUGCAGACAAACCAAAUAGUCCAAUGAUGUAUCCCCAAGCCUUUAACAACCAAAAUCCUAUAGUGCCUCCUAUGGCAAAUAAUCCACAGAAGACCACAAUUAAUAACUACCUCCCUCAAAAUCACAUGAAUAUGAUCAAUCAACAGACAAAUAAUUUGGGUACAAACUCUUUAAGCAAGCAGCCCAACAUGCUUACUUAUGGCAACACUAAACCUCUGACUCAUUUUAAUGCUGAAUUGAGUCAGAGAAUGACCCCACCAAUGGCCAAUCCCAGCAAGAACCCCAUGAUGCCAUAUAUACAGCAGCAACAGUCCCAGCAGCCACAGAUGCAAGCUCAGAUGACACACCUGAGUGAGGAACAGAAACGAAUGCUUAUUAUGAAGCAGAAAGGAAUGAUGAAUCAACCAAUGGCAUAUGCAACACUUCCCUCCCUUGGCCAGGAACAGCAUCCGGUGGGACUUUCUCGGACCACAGGCCCUAUGCAGCCUUCUGUCCCACCAGGCUCCAGCAACGUGGUCACGGGUGCAAACCCAGGAGGUCCCAGUUUCCUGGGAAAUCAGCCGCAAGCAGCCAUCAUGAAGCAGAUGCUGAUUGAGCAAAGGGCCCAGCUCCAUGUGAUGGAGCAACAGAAGCAACAGUUUCUAAGGGAGCAAAGGCAGCAGCAGCAGAUCCUGGCAGAGCAGCAGUUGCAGCAGCAGUCACAUUUGCCUCGGCAACAUCUCCAGCAGCAGCGGAACUCGUAUCCAGUGCAACAAGUCAGUCAGUUCCAAGGUUCUCCCCAGGAUAUAGCAGCAGUGAGAAACCAAGCAGCGCUUCAGAGCAUGAGGACCUCCCGAAUGAUGGCCCAGAAUGCAAGCAUGAUGGCAAUGGGGCCCUCCCAGAACCCUGGCACAAUGUCGACAGCAGCUGGUCAGUCCGAGAUGGGAAUGACUCCUUACAGCAAUACAUCUACCAGCCAACCAGGAAUGUAUAAUAUGAGCACAGGAAUGAGCCAAAUGUUGCAGCACCCAAACCAAAGUGGCAUGACCCUGGCACAUAGUGCAGGCCAAGGACCAAGGCAGCCCGCGUCCGCACAAGGGGUUGGAAUUGUCAGCAGUUUUGGUCAAAGUAUCCUGGUGAACUCUAUUCCCCAGCAACAUCAGCAGAUGAAAGGACCUGUGGGCCAAGUCCUGCCCAGGCCACAAGCCCCUAGACUUCAAAACAUGAUGGCAACUGUCCCUCAAGGAGCACAGAACUGGCAGCAGCGAGGCUUACAAGGUAUCCCUGGAAGGACUAGCAGUGAAAUUGGGUCAUUCAACAACGGCACAGUGUAUCCAGUGCAGUCUGGGCAACCAAGGCUGCCCAAGCAACAUUUUCCACAGGGAAUUAACCAGUCAGUUGUGGACACUAGUGGAACAGUCAGAGCCCUAAAUCCAGCAAUGGGAAGACAAAUGCUGCAACAGCUCCCUGCACAACAAGGAACCAGCCAAGCAAGGACAAUGGUUAUGCCUGCAAUAAGUCAGGGGGUUCCCACUAUGCCUGGUUUCAAUCAGCCCCCUACACAACAGAUGCCAGGUGGGAAUUUUGCUCAGAGCAACCAAGGUCAGACCUAUGAGAGGAAUCCCACUCAGGACAUGUCUUACAAUUACAGUAAUGAAGGAGCUGGAGGUUCCUUUUCAAGUAUAGCAGAGGGUGCGGACCUUGUGGACUCCAUCAUUAAAGGUGGACCAGGUGAUGAGUGGAUGCAAGAACUUGACGAGUUGUUUGGAAACCCAUAG